AGGAAGUUUGUAUUUUUUUGAAAUUGAUAUAUCCCCCUAACGCUAACCCCGGAACCCUAACUACCCGCAAAGCCGGCUUCGCGCCAUCAAGAGAUUGACUGUGACAACACAAGUAAUAUCAUAUAUAAGUUCCAAGAUAUUAAUAAUCAAUAUCAGAAAUAACUACAAACACAAAAAUGCUUGUGCUCGUCUCUCAACACGAUUGCCUCUUUCGCAAGGAUUGGCUUUUUGGCCAUUGUGAUAACCUUAACUUGCAUGGUAACGUAGUUGGGCAUCAGAGGAGCUGGAGGCAUUCUGGUUGGCAUCAGAACUUUACGAGGCAUGACUGCGAUCGACAUGCUGAUGGACAUGGCAAUGGUAGUGCGCUGCAGCAUAAAAUUAGAACCCCUAGUACCUCCUCUACUACUUGCUUCGCCGCGAUGCAGAACACUAUAUCAGAGGAGAAAGCUCUUGUCGCAGAACUGACUGGUAUCCAAAACCGUGUGGAAAAAUUGGCAAUGCAACAGAGACUUGCGGCUUUCCAGAAACGGAGUGAAGAUAAUGGCUUGCGCCUCGAAGCAGCUCUGAAGAGGAUAGACGAAAAGCUGAGACAAACCUCACGAUCGGUUCUAUUAAGGCUUCCCAGCACCUGCACCGUACUAAGUAAUUCAAAUUGAUUCAUAGUUGUGAGUGUUUGAGAAUCAUGAUCUUUGGCGCCGUUUUAAAGGGGAAAAUGUGUCAAAGAUGAGACUCUCCAGAUGGGUGGAAUUGGGGCAAACUCUAACUCUACGUGGGGAAGUUGCUUCGCCGCAGCAAAGACGGAGGCUCGAACAGGCAGUGCAGAGUGUUUCCAGCAGCGAAAAGGGAACUGCAGACUUGUCCCGGCAAGUGGCAGCAGCGGCUGACGGGGCUGCGGUCAAAGUAGCGGACUUGUUUCGUGAGUUUGCCAGAUUACGAGGACAAGUGGUAGCAGAACUUGGAGGCGAUGGUGGUCCAGCAGGUUCUUCAGGACGUUCAGGAAGUGGAGGGGACUCAUCGUCGUCUGCAACAGCGGCGCUUUCGUCACUGUCGUCCUCAAUCGCUGGGGGCGCUGGAUCUGCAAAUUCAUUUAAGACUUCAUUCUCCUAGCCUUAGCCCUGCAUGCAUUUUGAAGAGAAGCAGAGCAGCAUUAACAUUAUAUAUAUGCUCGUGGAUGUUGCCUUAUCCUUAUUCUGAGGGGAAGUGAUCAGCCCAAAUGAUUUUAAGGUUUACCUGUCAUUAACAACCCAGCUCUAAUUCACCCAGUGCAAGUGGUCCUUACCGCUUGAUCAUUCCAGACCCCACAGUUACUCCGCCUAUGCUAUUGCACAAUGCAGAAGCAGAGGAUCCGAACAAUGGUGAAGCAGGACAGCUCUCAGUGACGACUUCUAGUGGCUGUCAAUGCGACCAGAAGUCGGAGCUGGCGUGCGGCUAUACUCAAGGAACCCCCUUUGGAUGGUGUAAGGUGAAGAAGCAACCCGAUUGUAGAGUGCUGAUGCCUGGAGUCAAAGAUCCGGCUGGGUAGUCUAACAAGGAAUUGCUACCUUCUUCUAGUAAGAUCAUUCAGUUUCAAUAAGUGGUUCAGUUGUAGAAUCAGAGAAAAAGAGGAUGCUGCAUUCUAUGUAGCAAGUAGUUUUUGUUUACACUACUUUACAGGAGGCUUUGGCUUAGGCUUUGUUCAAUUAGUACUUUUUCACCAUCACAACUUUUUCACUAUUUACUUCAUCCCAACUUUCACGACCACCUUCUUCUACAGGUGGGACCACACGCUUUACACUGCAGACAGCGCGACUCCUACCGACGAGGGUUGGGAUUACUGCACACCUCCAAGGAUGUCAGCACUCGAGACUGCGCAUUUCGGUUGUCAAUGCGCUUGGAACGAUGACGUCUUUGACCGAUAUAAGCAGCUCAUAUUGUUAAGCUCAAGAGUUACUUCUUCAAUCUAGGUUUGCUCAAGGCAUUCUUUGGAGAAGUUGUAGAAGUUGUAGAAGUUGUAGACCUUGUUCAAAAGUCUUGUUCUCUAAUCAGAGCAAGCCCAGGAGGAGCACUUGGAGCUGCGAGGGUGGAAGAGAUUCCUGUUCGCGACCGCUACGCAGUUCAGAUAAUGAGCGCGAUAGUGAAUGAAGAAAAACAAUUAAGGCACCAGCCACGAGAGCAUCCUUAGCAUCCAUGCCCUCAGCUCAUCAUGACUCUUGGCCUAUUUUUUUAGGGAAAAAAGGGCCCACGUCCAGGGUGAUGGUCAGGAUCUCAGGGAUGCGCAGGAGCGGUUGCGGUAGGUCUAAAACAAGGUGGAAACAACUAUAAAGGACAAGAACUUAAUAGUGGAUCUUCGAACUCGAAGGGAGGUCGAAGCAAUUAUGGCACUAGAGCGGGCUUGAAAAGUUUGUGUCGACAGAUCGAGCACAAUGGUGAAAAGCAGUUUUACGCUUGUCCUGUGAGUAAUCGCUGUCUCGAGACCGGAAACGUGUGGACUGGCAGAAGUCCCUGGUUUUCCGUAAGCAAACAUAGCUGGGACUUCUGUAACCCUGGUGCAGCCAGACACCAUCCGCCAAGACGAGACGCAGCAUACUCGAACCCGAUGAUAAACUCCAAUAGUAGAACUGUAGUCCUCGCCGGUGGACCUCAGGCUGCUCAGCGACAACAUGUUGGAGGCCCUAAAACGGUUACGAUUACGCAUAACCACAACUACGCGCCACAACUUCCACGAGGUUUAGCUGGACGCUCGAUCAACAUGGGGUCGCCGGCUCCUCAAGCUGCGCCAUUCGUAGCUGCAGGGCCCAUCUCUUACCAAGGACCAGGAUCAAUGGUGAAAACCAAGGACCAGGGGGUCCGCAUUGCUGGAUCCGGUGUCGGUGGUCGAUCCUCGACGCAACAUUCAGCGUUAAGGCUCUCUGGCUCCCACUGGAAGUACUCAAAAAUGUUAAUUCCAAUCGUUGACGAGUUAUGUGACUCUGACAAAUGUUAACUCAAAUCGUUGACGAGUUAUGUGACUCUGACUGAAUGUUAAUUCAAAUCGUUGACGAGUUAUGUGACUCUGACUGCAUCGUUUAAGUAUUUCCUUGUGAUGAAAGAAAAGGGUGGGGGAAGAUGAUGUUGAGUAUAAUUUCCUUCCAACUGUUGGAACUUUUUUUUUUUGGUUCUAACGCCUAGUCGCUCUGCUCCACUGAGUCCUCCUCACGUGUGCCGACCAGGCAGGGAUAGCAAAGGACCCGAUCUAGCCGUGAUAUCUGAUCAAAUGACGCUGUUAAACCAGAGCCUGCGACAGAUGAGUGACGCGAUGCGCUUACAGGCGCAGACACAGACUCAGAUGUUAAGGAAGAUUCAAUCCUUACUAUUGCAUCCUUCACAACCAUCUUCGGCCGUUUACGUUUUUCAAGUGCAAAGACAAAAUAAGAUGAUGUUCUCAUUCUCAAGAAUGCAAUUAUAGCACAACCUCUUCUAAAGAUGGUUCAGGUAUCCCAACGGCAGCAGCAUAAACUUGAAGUCCUGACUAAAGAAGCAUUAGUUGAAGCAAAGGCUGCGGAACAGCAACAAGCAGAACCAGCAUUACGACACCAGCUUGUAUUAAUGAUAGAUUAUCGUAAAUUGUAGCACAUCAUGAUCUAGGGGACUACGUGCUUCUCAUGCCAUCGGACUUGUAGCACAUCAUGAUCUAGGGGACUACGUGCUUCUCAUGCCAUCGGCCAGGUUGCUCUUCGUAAAAUAUGUUAGAUGAACUAUACCCAUUUCCAUUCCCACACCGUAAAAAGUUGUACCCAUUCCCAUACCUCCUGCUAAGAGGAGCAGCACCCGCCGCCAAGGCAGCAGCCAAAGCCGCUGCGAGCAAAAAGAAGAAUAAGAGUUGGACGGAUCAGGCUAAGGCCGCCGCUCUAGGUACGGCAGGGCUCGGAGCUGCUGGCUACUCCGCGUACGCCGGUUACCACGUCAUUUAAGGCGCUAGAAGUAGUACUUCGCAAAGAAACUACUGGAUCAUGAAUGUUGAUGUUGAAUGAUUAUUGAUAAAUGAAAAUCGCGUUGGCGACGAUCAUCUACUACAACAUUUUCAUCACAACAUAAGAGAAUGACAAGAACAAAAAAACCUCCUUAAGAUUACAAGAACAAAAGAACAACAUCAAAUUCAAAGUCCUGUCAAGGUCCUCAUCCUCGGACCAACAUCAGAUUGAAUAAUCGAGCGUCAUGAGUACCUAUUUUUUGCCAGCUCAGAACUGUACUAGGGCUAGCGGUUCUUGUACUUCUCAUUGUAUUGAUUCAUUGCAACUUAGUAUACUAUAGAGUUAAGUAUUACAAGAUUCUACUGAUGACGAUGAGUAGGUGGUGUAUCUGUAGGUUGUAUAUGUUUUUCGCACUUUUCUCUCUGUCAUUGAUGCAUACUCACACUGACAUGAAUCUUCUUUAGAUACGUAUACUGAGUCUGAGUCAGACGUAUAGAUUUAGAUAUUACAAGCAGGCUCUACUCUUUCUGCUCCUCUAAUGUCUGAAAAGUGUUCCGAAAAACUACGUGGCUUCAGAUGAGGUAUUUCGACGUGGCUGGCAAGGGGGACGUGAGGUCGAUUACAAAGUCGCUGAACUAGAGUUGAAAUUAAGGCUUUAGCUUUUGCUCUUGAUUUAUACCCCGCGGCUUGGCACACUACUACUACCACUAGCACUACCACUACUACUAUCUUGAUCUACUCCAUCUUGAUCUUCAUCUUCCACAUGUCCUCUUGAUCAUACAGUAAGUUGAGGUGAGCAAGAGCUAUGAAUUUUUAAAUAGCAAUAAGUAGCUCCUAUACAGAAGUUGGUAGUAUGACCUGCGACCACGACGUCACAUUAUAGUCGUGUCCCUUCAUCGGUAAUAUUAUCUCUGACAGUGCCCACGAUACAAAUGCGGAUACAUCCACUCCGCGCAUAAUUUUGCGUAAAUAACGUGCUUCAUCUACUACCAGUAACUAGACUUCUCUACUACCAGUAACUUACUAUACUAGUACUAGUAGACCAGUAAGAACUAAAGCUAGUGUUAGUUCCAGACUGACGACGUCUAAUAAAAUAUCGAAAGAGGAAGUCCAUUCCGAUCGAGGAGACGCCAGAAGCCAAGGAUAUGUUGAGUCCAGUGAAAAACCUGGCGACGAUGGCUUUUGACAAACUGAAAGAGGAAACCAUAAUUACGGCUUACUAUUUGUUAAAGUGCUGGGUAAAGCUAGCUAGAAGCCUCUGUAAGUAGAAAGCUAAAGAGGAACUCAUAGUUCUGGCUAAGUAAGGAGGUAGCCCAUGCAUAUUUUGGAGGCAGGAUUAUAAGCAGUAGCCUAUGUAGUUGUAGAGCCGAUGUAGUACUUAAUACUUAAUGUAGGAAGCACGUAGCCUAUGUAGAAAACUAAAGAUGAAACCUUAGCUACGCUUUACUAUAAUUUGUUCAAAAAGUACAACUACAAGUACUACUACUAGGUAUGCGUAUGUCUUGGUCCUCUAAGUCUGUACCUGCUCUAGAUUAGAGUAUAUAGUAGGACUUAAGUACGUUCUUUGUCACUGUUCUCUCUGCUUCAAAGCUGACUGAAAGUAGGAAGACUUGGGCGCACUUCUUAGCCCACACUGAAAGUAGCUGGAAGUAGCCUACUCAGUUCCACGAUACUCUUGGAUGGCCUGGGAGGACGACUUCGGGUGUGUAGACCACAGUAAGACAAAAAUAUAGUUACAUCGUGUGGGAAAAUUUUUCCCGGAAAAAAAGGUCCCAGCUCCUGCGACAGUAGACUAUAUAUGUUCUAGAACGCGGGUCGACGGCGACGCCCCCCCCCUAGCGCCGAGGACACCUUUUCAAGGCGUCUGCCGGGGGGGAAGGCCUCAAAAGGCGGCCCAGUGACCUCCCCCUUCCGCUCCCUUCCAGCUGCCUGGCUGCUCCCUAGGGGCCUCCGAUGGUGGUAGGAGGCUUCAAAAGGGGCCCAAGGGACCGCUUGCGCCCCCGUCCAGGUGCCUGCUUGUGCCCUAAGUGCAUCCGUUAGGCUUCGCCGCCGCAGCCGUGCCGCCUGUACCCUCCGGGCCCUUGGUCAUCGGCUUGCUUGCUCUUGCGACCGUGGCCGCCUUCGGCGGCCUUUUACCCCGGAGACCUCCCGCCUGCGAGGGUCAGCAGAGGCCAGGAGGCCCCUCAAGGAUACGCUGAGAGGCCCAAGGGGAGGCCCGCGCCAAGUUUUGACGCCUUCCAGCACUAGAAUCAGCGAAAAACCCGCGCGCGCGCGCCACCACAGACCACCACAGGGGGGGGGAGGGGGGGCCGUCUGGCCCUUAGUCAUAUAUUGGAAUCUACGUCUUGCUGUGUGAGUGCCGUUAGGCGCGGCGGUGGCGGCGAUGAUGAAUGAAUGGAUGGCAUGACGUCUUCUCUAAUGAACAGAAGCCCUUGAACAGCGCAGUCGGGGAAGGCUCUGAUGUUGGCAAAGUGCUGGACCAAGUGUCUCAGGUGGAUCUGAACUUUAGCAGCAAACUCAACUUAUGGCCAAGAAUAGGUUGUUAGUGUCCGAAUUGUUGUUGUUGUUGUUGUUGUUGUUAGUUGGAGUCGCGAAUUGUUGUUGUUCUUGUUGUUGUUUUCCCACUCCCAUUUUUUUGCGCCAUUGAUUUUGUUUGAUCUCGAUAGUAUCUAAUCAUGAAUCUAGAUCUCGACAGGAGCUCUCGUCAUUAUAUAGAAGACAUCAAGAUGAUGAAUAUGAUUAGAAGACAUCAAGAUGAAGAAGAUGAUAUAACACACACAGAGCACAAAGAAAUCCGGCGGGGUCGUACGCGUCGCCCGGAGCGCAUCAAAACAAACAAACAAACAAACAAGAACACGAUAUAAAGGAUGAAGAGGCUUUGGCUUGAUGUAAAGGUUGAAAAUAAAGAACCCUUCUGAUCUCGAUGGUACCCUUUUUCUGCUCUCGUCAUAGAAGACAAAAAAAGAAUAUUGCCAAUGCAUUUACUCCCCUAGAAGUAUCCCAUUUGAUGUUUAUUCGUUUUUUUUUCCUCCUAGUUCGGCUGGCUCCGCGACUCUAUAGAGGAAAACAAGGUGGGGUUCUCUGAUCUCGAUCUUGAUCUCUCUAUAUUUGGUCCUCCCAGUCGUAGUCCUUCUAUAGAAUAAGUAUUCUAUACUGACUCUAAUGAGCGAGGCUCUUGGCUUCCUGCAUGGUAUGGAUUUGCGCAAAAGCCUUGGCGACACGGUGCGGUCGCAAAUAACCAGAACCCUGGCACCUGACCAAAAAUUAUGCCUUUGCCUUUCUGUUUAUGUUAUUUUAAUCAUCGUCGGUCUAGACUCUCGUCACACUAUCAACUUAUUAUGAUACUAGCCACCCUAAUGAUGGAAAUUGAUCUACUAUAGAAUGAUCAUUAUAGAUGCAAGCCUCUCUUUUUGGAAUACAUGACUCUUUUGAAUUUUUGUUUGCUAGUUAGGAGUGCUCCACCGACAUUAUAGAUGCAAGCCUCUACUAUGUUCUUGGCCCAAUUCGUCUCACGCUCACCAGCUACUUUUAGUUAGGUACUUCUCAUCUCAAUGAUCUAAGUUAGGACUAAUAUGCACGUAGGUCCCUUACUCUUUGUUGUGUUUCUGAGAAGAGAGGUGUGUGAUCCAUGCAUCCGACCUGGAGGAGAGACGUUUCGUUCAAAGGGGGAACAUCAAGUGAGAAAAAAGGUUCUCAUUUCAUGUUCCAGGAUGACGAUGUUGAUGUUCUUCUUCUUGCACAUUAAUGAUGAUAUACUACACAUGGCUGCUGCUGCAAUACUACACAUUACCAUUAGUACUGUAAUGUCAUCCUCCAGCACACCCUUUGUUUCUAGAACAAGAGCAAGUGGUUGAAUAUGGUGUCUGAGUACAACGUCUACUAGUAGGAUGUUUAGCACUUAAUCUACUAGGAUGUUUAGCACUUAUACUACUAUCUUCUACUUCUUCACUACUUCUAAAAAUAGCAAUGGUGGAGGCGAUGGAGAAUUACAAUGGGCGACAACUGACUCUGGAGCAGAUUGGGCAGCUGGCUUUGAUCCACCAGCAGGGUGGUUUCGAAGCAAUGAAGAUUAAGGCUGCUGUCUCUGGUUCUGGUUGGUCAGUAACUAUCAUCGGGUUCUGGUAGUUGCUGGUCGUGUGAGGUAGGUGUAAAAAAGUAGUACCAUGUUUUUAAUACAGGUGACCAUUUAACAAGGAUUCUCGAACUCCGUCAAAGAGUGGGGACUUUCUUCUGAGGUACUUCUACUUCUCGAGUGUGGUUCUUGUAAUCCGCAUGCGCAAGCAAUAGCAUGAAUAAGCGUGACUGGUAUUUUGUUUUAAUAGGAUAAUCCUUGGUCGUCGCGUGGGUGUGAGGUCUCUUCCUGGUAGUGAGGUAUCUGCGGUCCUGGCCAAAUGAAUCAUGACACCUUCCUAGUAACAACUGUUAUCUUCCUGAAGAGUGACGUAGACGUUGCUUCCUUGAUACAUUUUCCGCUUGUUGAUUGGUGUCCUGAUUGGGAUCGAGUCUCGUGUAGUUGAGUGGGAUCGAUCCCCUUAUUGAUUGUUGGUGUCUUGUUACAACGAAGAUAAAAAUCCUGAGUCAACAGAAGCUAGACGUAAAUCUUCCAGGAGAGGAAAACUUAUCAAGGAGGAACUCAUCUUACAAUACUUAUCUAUCACCAUUAUUUUUAGGACCACUCUGCAAUAAAGCAGCACAGAGAGCCGAGAUGGCAACAGCCAUAAUAGUGAUUGUGUAUCAUGUGCCAACGUUUGCCAUUCCUAGAAGGAGACGCAACACAGCCAGCCCUAUCUAGCUUACAUUUAAGUACUACAAAGGGAGAAACUCGAGCCAAAGGAUCAUCAAGAAGUAGUACUUUCUCUAAGCACGACAACCCAAUGAACCUUUUGAGUGCCACGGGAGUAGGAUCACAAGUUCCACCUGCACUGCUGACACAACUCCAAAACGGAACGAUUCCUUCUGGCGGGCUACCUGGCGCUGUCGCAGCGCUGCCGGCAGGAACGGUUCCUGCAGCAUUAAGGCUCAUACUCAUGCUCAUAUAUAUUUCUAUCCCAUGUAGUUAUACUUAGUCGUGGUUGAUUAUCAUGUUGCUGAGUGGGUUCGUUUGAUUGAUAAGUGAACAGGUCAACGCCUAAACCACUAAGUGGUUUAAGCGUUGGCUUGUUCACUUAUCAGCUUUCCUUAUAUAUAGAAGCCUAAUACUAAGGGGGGAGUCUAUAUGUCUGAGGGAGAACUUGAAAUAAAUGGUAACUCACUCAACGUCAGCCAAUUCUUUUAAGGGAGAGAAUGGUAACUCACUCAACCAGGGAUAGAAGUGAUUGACUAGCGUUAACAGAAGCAACUGGGGCGAUUGGUGGUGUACUUUCAGCAGGAGGAGCUGCGUCACCUUUACAAGCUGCUGGGCCAGCGGUUCACCAGAAUGGUGUAGGCAAUACUGCCGAUGAACUUGCGAACGCGGUAACGGGUGGCGAGAAUGAUGGAGGCACUCCUGCUGAUGCAGGUGCCAGCGCGUUGCCUGGGGGCCAGCACCGAGCGAUCAGCCUCCUCGAGAUCGACACAGGUCAUCGACAUCGAGAGAUCACCAACACAAGAAGCACAAGUAGGAGUAGUGCCUCCUUAUUAUGGAACUGGCUCGUCCUGCUCCUCUAGAAGUAAGUAGGUAAAAACUCAUUUUGUUAUAGGUGGAAACCGUCAGUCUUCUACCUCUAGUAAUUAGUCUUCAGAUGAUCAAGGUGAUGGUGAAGGCACUGAAUCGGUUCAAGUAGCUAACUCAUCUUCUUCGUAGGUUGUUUAUCUACUAGGAUUUUUCCAUGCCGUCUCCCAUAGAGACUCUAAUUUUGAACAUCAUCAAGCUUCUUGAGGUCAAUAGAUUGCCACGUCGCGCCGCAAGAAGAAACGACAACGACAGCGACCUUAUCCUUGGUGAGCAGGAGUCUACUGCCUCUGGUGCCAGCUCGUUUUUACCUACGAUCUUCGGACAACAAGGGUCAGCUGCAGCACGACCUAGACUUAAGCUUAAGGCAACCUCCUUAAAUAGAUACCUUCUCCCUCACCUGAAAUUAAGAUGGUCUCGUCUCAUCUUGAUCUAGCUCUAAUCUGCGACGACCGACAGGGCGAAGGACCUGCACGACAACGACGAGGGGUGUAGCUGAGGAAUUCGCGGAUUUCAUAUUUCCAUGGUGAAGUAGAGCAAGACCUUUCAUCCGGAAGGACUAGGAACUUUCAGCUUGUUGGUGUUGACAGGACCUUCUCCUGGUUCUCCAAUUGAACUGAUUACUUAUGUUAAACUUCAACGUGGUUCUUCUAUCUUGUCAGAAGGACGACCACCCGAAAAAGCAAAGGCAGGUGGGUGGAUUUUUCAGGAAUA